AUGAUCGAGGAAAGUGGGAACAAGCGGAAGACCAUGGCAGAGAAGAGGCAGCUGUUCAUAGAAAUGCGUGCUCAGAAUUUUGAUGUCAUACGACUAUCAACUUACAGAACAGCAUGCAAAUUACGAUUUGUACAAAAACGAUGCAACCUUCAUCUUGUUGAUAUCUGGAACAUGAUUGAAGCCUUCCGAGACAAUGGCCUUAACACACUGGACUACACCACCGAGAUCAGUGUGUCCCGCCUCGAAACUGUCAUCUCCUCCAUCUACUAUCAGUUGAACAAGCGCCUUCCUUCUACUCACCAAAUCAGUGUGGAACAGUCUAUCAGCCUCCUCCUCAACUUCAUGAUCGCUGCGUAUGACAGUGAGGGCCGAGGCAAGUUGACGGUAUUUUCAGUUAAAGCUAUGUUAGCAACCAUGUGUGGUGGAAAAAUGCUGGACAAAUUGAGAUAUGUUUUCUCCCAGAUGUCAGAUUCCAAUGGCUUAAUGAUAUUUAGCAAGUUUGACCAGUUUCUGAAGGAAGUUCUGAAGCUCCCAACAGCUGUGUUUGAAGGGCCAUCUUUUGGUUACACAGAGCACUCAGUCCGCACCUGUUUUCCACAGCAGAAAAAGGUAAUGCUAAAUAUGUUUUUAGACACGAUGAUGGCCGAUCCUCCUCCCCAGUGCCUUGUCUGGCUACCUCUCAUGCACAGGCUUGCCCAUGUUGAGAAUGGAUCUUUGAAUAGAGAUCUAAACUUUUGA